GGCUUUGAGUUCUGCAGCAGCGGGAAGGGCAGUUGCUACACUCACUAUGUCUCGAUUCAAGAGAGGAGGGAAAGCUCCGGACCCGCUGUCCGGAUUUCGAGCCCCCAAAGAACAAGAAUCCGCUGUGCCUUUCGGACUAAUCAAGGCGGCGCGGAAGAGCGGCCAGUUAAAUCUAUCAGCUAGAGGCCUGACUGAAGUUCCUGUAAGCGUCUGGAGAAUAAAUGUGGAUACCCCCCCAGAAGCGCAUCAGAAUGUGGAUUUUGGUGGAAGUGACCGAUGGUGGGAACAGACAGAUCUCACUAAGUUAAUUCUUGCUUCAAAUAAACUUCAGGCACUCUCUGAAGACAUCAGUCUUCUCCCUGCUCUUGUUGUGCUAGAUAUACAUGAUAACCAGAUUGCAUCACUCCCUUGUGCUAUAAGAGAACUUACAAACCUCCAAAAGCUAAAUAUCAGUCACAAUAAAAUUAAGCAACUGCCAAAUGAACUACAGCAUUUACAGAACUUGAAGAGCUUUCUUCUUCAGCACAAUCAAUUAGAAGAAUUACCAGACUCAAUCGGACACCUAAGCAUUUUGGAAGAAUUAGAUGUUUCCAACAACUGUUUAAGGAGCGUUUCAAGCAGUGUCGGUCAACUUACUGGUCUUGUUAAAUUUAACCUGUCCUCUAACAAACUGACGGCCCUACCUACAGAAAUUGGAAAAAUGAAAAAUCUCAGACAACUGGAUUGCACUUCUAAUCUCCUGGAAAAUGUUCCUGCAUCAGUUGCAGGAAUGGAAUCUCUGGAACAGCUCUACUUAAGACAAAAUAAACUGACCUAUCUGCCAGAACUCCCCUUCCUCACCAAGCUGAAGGAAUUGCAUGUUGGUAACAAUCAGAUACAAACACUGGGCCCUGAACAUCUACAGAAUUUGAGCUCCUUAAGUGUCUUAGAGCUCAGAUAUAACAAACUGAAGGUCUUGCCUAAAGAAAUAUCAUUGCUAAAAGGAUUAGAGCGACUAGAUCUGAGUAAUAACGAUAUUGGAAGUUUACCUGAUACACUUGGAAGCCUUCCAAAUUUAAAAUCUCUUCAGCUGGACGGCAACCCCUUGAGAGGUAUUCGAAGAGACAUUCUAAAUAAAGGAACGCAAGAACUUCUGAAGUAUUUAAAAGGCAGAGUCCAAACCCCAGAUAUGACAACACAAGAAGCUGCAAACCCUCCUGACACUGCUAUGACUUUGCCAAGUGACUCUGUUAUCAACGCACAUGCUAUUAUGACACUCAAAACACUUGAGUAUUGUGAAAAGCAAGCAUCUCUUAUACCAGAAGCAGUAUUCAAUGCAGCUGCAUCUAGUCCUAUCACAACAGUAAAUUUCAGCAAAAACCAACUAACAGAAGUUCCAGCAAGGAUUGUGGAAAUGAAAGAUUCAGUGUAUGAUGUCAACCUGGGUUUUAACAAAAUCUCUUCAAUUUCUCUAAAUCUUUGUAUGCUUCUGAAAUUAACACACCUUGAUAUGAGAAACAAUGCACUCGCAUCCCUGCCUCCUGAGAUGGAAGCACUGACACGGCUUCAGUCUAUAAUCCUUUCCUUCAACAGGUUUAAGCAUUUUCCAGAUGUUCUUUAUACAAUACCAAAUCUUGAAACUAUUCUUAUAAGCAGCAAUCAGAUUGGAUCAAUAGACCCUAUUCAGCUUAAAAAAAUGACCAAACUGUCCACAUUGGAUCUUCAGAAUAACGACCUACUGCAAAUUCCUCCAGCUCUUGGAAACUGUGAAAGUCUAAGGGCUCUGCAUUUAGAAGGCAACCCAUUCCGUAAUCCACGAGCAACUAUUUUGGCCAAAGGAACUGUGGCAAUUUUAGAAUACUUAAGAAGUCGUAUCCCUACUUGAUUUUUUUUCAUAUGGAAAAAAAUGGAAGCUAGGGUCUCUACUACAUUUGCAGCUGGUGACUGACUUGGGUUAUAAGUGGAAACCUUUUCUAUAUUUAAAAGCAACAUGUUCUGAUUUCUGUGUAGUGAUCAUUUAAUGUAAAAUCUACUUUUUCUUUGAAAUAUUAAAACAAAUAGGCCCAUAUGUUGUAAUGUUAGUAACUAAAUGUAAUCUAAAACAUUUCUGCACUUAUUUACACUUACUAUCCUUCUUAAAACCCUAAAGCACUUAUGUUCAUUGAUAUAUUACGUGAUACUACAAUUCUUCAUGGCUAGUGUGUAAUUCAUUUAAUUUAAUUUAUAGGACAUUUGAUGAUAAUGCAAACGUAAUACAUUGUAAUGGGUUAUAUAAAGAUGGUGAGGUGCCUAAACAAAUGCAUUAAUAAAACAAACUCUUCCCAAA